AACCAGCUCCCUGCACGCGCCGUCCGCGAGGCUUGUCCCCUGCUAUCCUGUGCAUGCAUACCCGCAAAUAUCCACACAGCUCUGCAAUCAAAUCCUCACCGUGUCCGCAUCUCAUUCCGCGUGUUCUAGUGACUGAACACGAUACACGCAGUACAUGUCCUUCUCGAGCACGCCGCUAGGUCAAGGAAGACGUCUGGAUCACUCAGCCUUCCUCAACAAGCCCCGCUCGAAGGCACACUCUCCGCCUCGCCGCACCAUCCCCACAACCUACGCGUACGGAGGACCCACCCUCGGAACGCGCCCCCCUCCCAAAUCACAGAACCCACCCGCGCCCGCCGCCCCGCCGGACGACGCAGAAGAACCCGCCCUUGUUCGCUUCGCACGCCUCAAACAGCGCGAGCAAGCAGGCACCAGCGCCGCUUCGGGCCCCCAGUCCCAAACGUCCCCACACCCCGAGAAGUGGUCCGUCAAGGAUACCUCAGUGAACAUCGCAAGUGCGUUUCACACCGCAGCCAACACCGACGACAACAUGAAUCCAAACGACUCUUGGGCAUCCGGCACCCGCAGGCAGGGCCUGCCCCGGAGCACGUCCGUGGAGUACGAGAAGGAGACGCAGUCGACAGUCAACCGGCGCCUUGCGCCUCCCCCAAGCCGAACGGGCGGCGCCCGCAAACCCCUUUCCAAAGCCGCAUCCAUCCGACACGUACCUGAUUCGGAAGGCGAGCAAACCGAGCCCUCCCAGUCCCAAGAACACAGCCGUGGAAAGAGCCCUCUAGAGCAUUUCCUCGAUGCUGCACAACGAUUCGCUCCGACUUCAAUCCUCAUGAAGGCUCGAUCGCGAGAGCCCGAGGCGGACCAGUCCCGUUCGCGGUCGAACGGAAAUGGGGCUCCGAACGAGAGCUCGAGCUACGACUACUCCGCGGAGGAGCGUGACUACCAAGCACAGUUGGCCGUAGAGAGAUCUGCGCCGACAGGCCCAAGGCGGAACACGGUCGCGCAUAAGCGCAACCGGAUGUCCACAGAUAACAAGGCGUACAAGCCGACCCAGUCUGAUCUCGAGCUGUCUGACGAAGACUUCGAUGACGAGGGCGGAAAGAGGACACGUCGAAAGAAGAAGAAGGGCGGUGUGGGAGGGCCACCGCUGACGUCCCUACCUGUUGCUGCAUAUGACAAGAGGAAGAAGAAGAGACGAGCGAAUGGAAAGACCAAUGGGGAUGAUGAGGAUGAGGAAAGCAGCGAAGAGCAGGAAGCGGUCGCAGAGCAGCGUUCCGUGCGCGGCCAAACACCACUCCUCCGUCUCCCGUCUGUGCAGCGAGGUUCUCAUCCACCAGCGUCACGAACAUCAAUGCCUCCCACAUCACCAGACGACUUCAUUCGCUCCGACCAGUCUGAUCCGGAAACCAUGCUGCCACCGAUCCGCGAAAUCGACGAGGACUUGCUUGUGAAUGAGUUUGACAAGCCUCCACGAUCGGGAUUCUCCAUAGGCGCAACUCUCGGUCGUGUCGUAAAUGCUGUAAUCCGUCUAGGCUGGAUGAUCAUACAGCUGUUCUUCGGCUUCCUCGGACUCGUCGCUCGAUUCAUCGGGAAGGUACUCGGCCUGACGCUGGACGUGACCGUCCACAAACCAUUCCGGUGGCUAUCACACGCGGACUUCACACCGUUCCUCAAAGCUGUGUUCGUUGGGGCAAUCAUCUACUUUGCAUGGUCUGCCCUUCACAACGGAUGGGUGGACCUCUCGAAGUUCAUGCCCUCCUCGCGCACGCCGUACCACGCGCCCGAUGCUCCCGUCACGGACAUAGGCGAGUACGCGGACCGGCUCAUGCGCCUCGAGGCCGCCUUCUCGAAGUUCUCGCAGGACAGCGAGAAGUCCCAAUCGUGGAUCGAGGGCAGCCGCUCCGAGCUGGUCAGCCGGGUCGGCGCGAUCGAGUCGCAGGUGCAGAAGGAGACCGUGCGCACACACGACGCAGAGACGAAGUUCAGGACGUCGACAAGUGACGCGAUCCAGGUCAUCAAGCAGGAGAUGGAUGCCCUUCAGGCACAGCUCGCCGCACACAAGGACAGUGCCGCGCGCAGCACGCCCGCACCAGGCAACGACGACGAGGCGAGAGCCAAGCUGCGUGCAUUGGAGGAACGUCUGGGAAGUACGGAGAGUGGUGUAAAGGAGGCCCUCGAGCUCGGCAAGACCGCGGCCAAGGUCGGCGCGUCGACGGGUACUGCUGCUGCUUGGUGGAGCAAACUUGCGUCCGGGAACGCGGGCUCGUCGCUGACGAUCAAGUCAACCGACGGCCAGGAUGUAACGUCGUUGGUCAGGCACUUGGUCGACACGUCCGUCUACCGUAUGGCAAAGGACGUCGUCGCCCGGCCGGACUACGCGCUCUACUCCGCAGGCGCACAGGUCAUCCCCGCACUCACGACCCAGACGUACGAGAUCCCACCCGGUGGGCUCAUCAGCCAGGUCACAGGGUUCUUCACUGGCGGCGGGACCGGCGCCAUUGGCCGUCCGCCCGUCACCGCGCUGCACCACGAAAUCAACCCUGGGCACUGCUGGCCUUUCCCCGACACGCAUGGACAGCUUGGCAUCAAGCUCGCGGGCCCGACCUUCAUCAGCGACGUCACGAUCGACCACGUCGCAAAGGAGCUCGCGCCGGACCGCCGCUCUGCCCCGCGGUACAUGGAGCUCUGGGGCCUCGUCGAGGGCUCGGACAACCUCGAGAAGGUGCGGGAAUGGCGCGCGAGGCGCGAGGAAGCGCGCAUGGAGGCGGCGCUGGACGGCGAGCCCGUCGUCGAGGACGCCUUCGUCGAUCCGCCCGCCCCGCCGUCGCUAAAGAAAUGGGGCGAGGUCGUGCGCGUCGCGAACUUCACGUACAACAUUUACGCGCCGGACCAUAUCCAGACCUUUGCCGUCCCGCAGGAGGUGCAGGAGCUGGGUGUCGACUUUGGCGUCGUGGCGCUGAUGAUCGAGAAUAACUGGGGACGCGACGACUUCACUUGCUUGUACAGAGUGCGGGUGCAUGGUCAACCGCUCCUCGACGCCCCUGCGCCUUUGCCUGAAGAUCACGCUGGCACGACUGCUUAACGCGCCCCGUUGCGCUCAUUCCAUGGCAACCUCCUUAACGACUUGUGACGACAAUCCAUCUCUCCUCGCGCCCUCUCUUUCCUAGACUUGCUCCUGCCUUUAAUCUCACUUAUCGUCUUCCGUUGGCUGGCAGUAUACUGGCUCUAUUAUCUCGUGCUUAGUAUUAGUACCCUCCUUCUCGUAUCGCUGUGUUCGUAUGACACUUUCCCCGGUUGCCUGCGUUUACCGUCGUAGUCGCGCUCUCAAGACAGUGGUGCAUCUGAUAUCUGCUGUGGAAAGCUAUGCCCAAUGUACUAGUACAACCAACACAUCGCGCCGUUUGACUGGGAUUGUGAAACUA